GCUACAAAGACGCACCAAACGAGCAGCACGGACGUGAAAAGGUGAGCGAGCAAGCAAGUGACAUAAAGUAAUAAAUAAAAACCAUAAAAAUAAAAACUCAAGUAAGCUUUCACGCCUCGAGUAAGAGAAAGAGAGAGAAAGUACACGAAAAAGUUUAGAAGUCGUCUAAAAGGUUUGGGAGGAAAACUUUUCUGGGCUGUGUCAGAAAGAAGUGGAUCGCGGAGGAUGCCUUGGCAAAGGUGUUGAAGUUUGUAGGAAAGAACGAGAGAUGACACGGUGCACAAUAGGGGACAAGUAAAUAAGAAACACAUUUAGAGAUGGCUGACGAGCAGGACACAAGGGAAGUGCUUUUCCCACAAUGGAUGGGCCCUGAUAAACAUGGGCUAACCAUAGAGCAAAAAAAUCAAGGACAGAUUUUUGUCAAAGAGGUGAAAGAAGAGUUCCCUGCUGCUCAUACCGGAAAAGUACAUGAAGGUGACCAAAUUGUGGGGGCCACCAUUUACUUUGACAACAUGAGCUCAGAGGAAACAGCUGAGCUACUGAAGAAUUUGAACCGACAUAAAGUUGGGUUGAAAUUACAAAACAAGCCUGGAGACAAGUCACCUUGCCGCUCUCCAAUGGGGACACUGUCAUGGGAAGGACGUGGAGGUUUAGGAGGCUCAAGUUCUGACAUUCUCCUGAGUGGGGAUGAUGAAGACUACAAGAGAAUAUACACAAAGAAAAUUAAGCCCAGACUGAAGUCAGAGGAUCUUGCUGAGGGUGUUGAUGUGCGCACAGAACGCCACAGCAGCACAAGCAGUGAUGGUUGCACCAUUACAACAAUCACUCGCCGAAUAACUACCUACACUCUGGACAUGCCGGAGGGGACUGGCCAGCAAAUUGAUUACUCAAGUCCUGAGUUCAAAAUUCAGGUCUCGCAGCCUGAGCAGUCGAAGGGGGAUUCUGCUCAAAUCAGAUUACCACAUGGCAGCCUUAUUAGCAGUGCACAUGGAGAUAUAAAAAUGGGGGACAUAUCUCUUGGAGGACCCUAUGUCACUGGCUCCUCUGUAAAGCACUGCAGUACUGGCUCUGUCAAGACAACCAGCGAAUUAGAUAGUAGUGAGAAAGAAAUUAGAAUUAAUGUGUCAGACACUGGACUAUCAGAGAGAAAAGAACAGGGUGUGAUAGAACAUUCUGGAAGGACCAGAACUGCUACCGGCAGUGGUUGUCUCUCUGGCAAAGUAACCAUGGGAUUAGACAAAGGAGUGGGGAAUACUUCUGUUUCUCCAGUGGAAAUAGAUGCUAGAUUGAAAGAUUCAAGUAUGAUUGGAGGAACUGAGUUUGCUACAGUGCAGGGCCCUGUUUUAGACACUCGUUUUUCAGGUUUUUCAAUUAGUGGAUGUACAGAGGACAGUAACAUAUCGGGUAUCAGCAGAGAAUCUGUUGCGCUUAAGGAUGGGUCUGAUGAUAAAACCAAAUUGUCUAAAUUUAGCGUAGAUGUUCAAGGAUCCAAUAUUAAACACCCUGAAGGUAAAGUUACUCGGGGUUCAGAUUUUGCCAUCAUAGAUAUGGAAGAUAAAGUCAAAUUACCAAAGAUUGAAGCAAGUGGAUCAGUUGUCAACACUCUGGAAAGUGGUAGUGGAUUCAAGAGACCUCAUGCAAUAGUGCCAACAAUUGGGAUGAAAAAAUAUACCCUAGAAGAAUCUAAUCUAUCAGUAAAUGUUAAAAACAAAAAUCUUAAAGGUGUUGGUCAAAGUGGUUUGGAUAUAACUGGGAAUCAGGAUGUGUCUGUUCCAAAGAUUAAGGUACUCACAGAAUCAGAAUCAGCAUCAGCUGGAAUAAAAGGUUCUAAUAUGGACACAGAAAGCCAGGGGGGUGGAAUAGAAAUGCCAAAAAUAAAACUACCCACAUUUGAACUCAGAGGGCAACAAGUUCAGGGUCCUGAUAUUGCAGUAAAUUGUCCCAAAGCUAAUGUUGAAAUUACCCCACGAGAUAUGGACAUCAAGGGUCCAGAAAUUAACAUUGGCAUUGAACAAGAUAUUAAAGGCUCAAAAUUCAAGGUUCCAUCCAUCUCUGGUGUUGAUGUAUCAGUUCCAAAGGUUGAAGCAGGUAUUAAAGCAGCAGAAAUUGAAAAUAAAAGCCUGGACAUUGAGGGUCCUGCAGAUGGAUUCAAGAUACCAAAGAUCAAAAUGCCCUCAUUUGGAUUCAAAGGUCCAAAGGUUGAGGGUCCUGAAGUUGAUUUGAAAAUCUCCAAAGCUGAUAUUGAGAUGAAGGCACCAGAUAUUGAUAUUAAAGCUCCAGAGCUUGACAUAGACAGACCUGAAGGAAAAAACAAGGGCCCCAAAUUCAAGAUGCCAUCAAUCUCUGGUCCAAAGAUCUCCGUACAAGAUGUGGACUUUAAUGUGAAAGGGUCAAAACUAAAAGGUGAUAUUGAUGUGUCAGUUCCAAAAGUUGAAGGAGAUAUUAAAGCACCAAAGGUUGAAAUUGAAGGCCCAGACCUUGAGGGUCCUGAGGGUGGUUUUAAGAUGCCAAAGAUGAAAAUUCCUUCAUUUGGCUUCAAGGGUCCAAAAGUUGAGGGUCCUGAUGUUGACGUGAAAAUGCCUAAAGCUGAUGUUGAUGUGAAGGCACCAGAUGUGAAUAUCAAAGGUCCAGAACUUGACACUGAAGGACCUGAAGGCAAAAUCAAGUGCCCCAAAUACAAGAUGCAUUCAAUCUCUGGUCCAAAGGUUUCUAUGCCAGAUGUGGAUUUCAACCUGAAAGGUCCUAAACUGAAAGGUGAUGUUGAUGUGUCAGUUCCAAAAAUUGAAGGGGAUUUUAAAGCUCCAAAGGUUGAUAUUGAAGGCCCAGAACUAGAAGGUAAUGAGGGUGGUUUUAAGAUGCCAAAGAUGAAAAUGCCCUCUUUUGGCCUAAAGGGUCCAAAAGUUGAGGUUUCUGAUAUUGACGUGAAACUCCCUAAAGCUGAUGUUGAUGUGAAAGCACCAGAUAUGGAUAUCAAAGGUCCAGAGCUUGACAUUGAAGGACCUGAAGGAAAAAUCAAGGGCCCCAAAUUCAAGAUGCCUUCAAUCUCUGGUCCAAAGAUUUCUAUGCCAGAUGUGGAUUUCAACCUGAAAGGUCCUAAACUGAAAGGUGAUGUUGAUGUGUCAGUUCCAAAAAUUGAAGGGGAUUUUAAAGGUCCAAAGGUUGAUAUUGAAGGCCCAGACCUAGAAGGUCCUGAGGGUGGUUUUAAGAUGCCAAAGAUGAAAAUGCCUUCAUUUGGCCUAAAGGGUCCAAAAGUUGAGGUUCCUGAUAUUGACGUGAAACUCCCUAAAGCUGAUGUUGAUGUGAAGGCACCAGAUGUAGAUAUCAAAGGUCCAGAGCUUGACAUUGAAGGACCUGAAGGCAAAAUCAAGGGCCCCAAAUUCAAGAUGCCUUCAAUCUCUGGUCCAAAGAUUUCUAUGCCAGAUGUGGAUUUCAACCUGAAAGGUCCUAAACUGAAAGGUGAUGUUGAUGUUUCAGUUCCAAAAAUUGAAGGGGAUUUUAAAGAUCCAAAGGUUCAUAUUGAAGGCCCAGACCUAGAAGGUCCUGAGGGUGGUUUUAAGAUGCCAAAGAUGAAAAUGCCCUCUUUUGGCCUAAAGGGUCCAAAAGUUGAGGUUCCUGAUAUUGACGUGAAACUCCCUAAAGCUGAUGUUGAUGUGAAGGCACCAGAUGUGAAUAUCAAAGGUCCAGAGCUUGACAUUGAAGGACCUGAAGGCAAAAUCAAGGGCCCCAAAUUCAAGAUGCCUUCCUUCUCUGGUCCAAAGAUCUCCAUGCCAGAUGUGGACUUCAAUUUGAAAGGCCCGAAACUGAAAGGUGAUGUUGAUGUGUCAGUUCCAAAAAUUGAAGGAGAUAUUAAAGCUCCAAAGGUUGAUAUUGAAGGCCCAGACCUAGAAGGUCCUGAGGGUGGUUUUAAGAUGCCAAAGAUGAAAAUGCCCUCUUUUGGCCUAAAGGGUCCAAAAGUUGAGGUUCCUGAUAUUGACGUGAAACUCCCUAAAGCUGAUGUUGAUGUGAAGGCACCAGAUGUGAAUAUCAAAGGUCCAGAGCUUGACAUUGAAGGACCUGAAGGAAAAAUCAAGGGCCCCAAAUUCAAGAUGCCUUCCUUCUCUGGUCCAAAGAUCUCCAUGCCAGAUGUGGACUUCAAUUUGAAAGGCCCGAAACUGAAAGGUGAUGUUGAUGUGUCAGUUCCAAAAAUUGAAGGAGAUAUUAAAGCUCCAAAGGUUGAUAUUGAAGGCCCAGACCUAGAAGGUCCUGAGGGUGGUUUUAAGAUGCCAAAGAUGAAAAUGCCCUCUUUUGGCCUAAAGGGUCCAAAAGUUGAGGUUCCUGAUAUUGACGUGAAACUCCCUAAAGCUGAUGUUGAUGUGAAGGCACCAGAUGUGAAUAUCAAAGGUCCAGAGCUUGACAUUGAAGGACCUGAAGGAAAAAUCAAGGGCCCCAAAUUCAAGAUGCCUUCAAUCUCUGGUCCAAAGAUCUCCAUGCCAGAUGUGGACUUCAAUUUGAAAGGCCCGAAACUGAAAGGUGAUGUUGAUGUGUCAGUUCCAAAAAUUGAAGGAGAUAUUAAAGCUCCAAAGGUUGAAAUUGAAGGCCCAGACCUUGAGGGUCCUGAGGGUGGUUUUAAGAUGCCAAAGAUGAAAGUGCCCUCAUUUGGCUUCAAGGGUCCAAAAGUUGAGGGUCCUGAUGUUGACGUGAAAAUGCCUAAAGCUGAUGUUGAUGUGAAGGCACCAGAUGUAGAUAUCAAAGGUCCAGAGCUUGACAUUGAAGGACCUGAAGGAAAAAUCAAGGGCCCCAAAUUCAAGAUGCCUUCAAUCUCUGGUCCAAAGAUUUCUAUGCCAGAUGUGGAUUUCAACCUGAAAGGUCCUAAACUGAAAGGUGAUGUUGAUGUUUCAGUUCCAAAAAUUGAAGGGGAUUUUAAAGGUCCAAAGGUUGAUAUUGAAGGCCCAGACCUAGAAGGUCCUGAGGGUGGUUUUAAGAUGCCAAAGAUGAAAAUGCCCUCUUUUGGCCUAAAGGGUCCAAAAGUUGAGGUUCCUGAUAUUGAUGUGAAACUCCCUAAAGCUGAUGUUGAUGUGAAGGCACCAGAUGUGAAUAUCAAAGGUCCAGAGCUUGACAUUGAAGGACCUGAAGGAAAAAUCAAGGGCCCCAAAUUCAAGAUGCCUUCCUUCUCUGGUCCAAAGAUCUCCAUGCCAGAUGUGGACUUCAAUUUGAAAGGCCCGAAACUGAAAGGUGAUGUUGAUGUGUCAGUUCCAAAAAUUGAAGGAGAUAUUAAAGCUCCAAAGGUUGAUAUUGAAGGCCCAGACCUAGAAGGUCCUGAGGGUGGUUUUAAGAUGCCAAAGAUGAAAAUGCCCUCUUUUGGCCUAAAGGGUCCAAAAGUUGAGGUUCCUGAUAUUGACGUGAAACUCCCUAAAGCUGAUGUUGAUGUGAAGGCACCAGAUGUGAAUAUCAAAGGUCCAGAGCUUGACAUUGAAGGACCUGAAGGAAAAAUCAAGGGCCCCAAAUUCAAGAUGCCUUCAAUCUCUGGUCCAAAGAUCUCCAUGCCAGAUGUGGACUUCAAUUUGAAAGGCCCGAAACUGAAAGGUGAUGUUGAUGUGUCAGUUCCAAAAAUUGAAGGAGAUAUUAAAGCUCCAAAGGUUGAAAUUGAAGGCCCAGACCUUGAGGGUCCUGAGGGUGGUUUUAAGAUGCCAAAGAUGAAAGUGCCCUCAUUUGGCUUCAAGGGUCCAAAAGUUGAGGGUCCUGAUGUUGACGUGAAAAUGCCUAAAGCUGAUGUUGAUGUGAAGGCACCAGAUGUAGAUAUCAAAGGUCCAGAGCUUGACAUUGAAGGACCUGAAGGAAAAAUCAAGGGCCCCAAAUUCAAGAUGCCUUCAAUCUCUGGUCCAAAGAUUUCUAUGCCAGAUGUGGAUUUCAACCUGAAAGGUCCUAAACUGAAAGGUGAUGUUGAUGUUUCAGUUCCAAAAAUUGAAGGGGAUUUUAAAGGUCCAAAGGUUGAUAUUGAAGGCCCAGACCUAGAAGGUCCUGAGGGUGGUUUUAAGAUGCCAAAGAUGAAAAUGCCCUCUUUUGGCCUAAAGGGUCCAAAAGUUGAGGUUCCUGAUAUUGAUGUGAAACUCCCUAAAGCUGAUGUUGAUGUGAAGGCACCAGAUGUGAAUAUCAAAGGUCCAGAGCUUGACAUUGAAGGACCUGAAGGAAAAAUCAAGGGCCCCAAAUUCAAGAUGCCUUCCAUCUCUGGUCCAAAGAUCUCCAUGCCAGAUGUGGACUUCAAUUUGAAAGGCCCGAAACUGAAAGGUGAUGUUGAUGUGUCAGUUCCAAAAAUUGAAGGAGAUAUUAAAGCUCCAAAGGUUGAAAUUGAAGGCCCAGACCUUGAGGGUCCUGAGGGUGGUUUUAAGAUGCCAAAGAUGAAAGUGCCCUCAUUUGGCUUCAAGGGUCCAAAAGUUGAGGGUCCUGAUGUUGACGUGAAAAUGCCUAAAGCUGAUGUUGAUGUGAAGGCACCAGAUGUAGAUAUCAAAGGUCCAGAGCUUGACAUUGAAGGACCUGAAGGAAAAAUCAAGGGCCCCAAAUUCAAGAUGCCUUCAAUCUCUGGUCCAAAGAUUUCUAUGCCAGAUGUGGAUUUCAACCUGAAAGGUCCUAAACUGAAAGGUGAUGUUGAUGUUUCAGUUCCAAAAAUUGAAGGGGAUUUUAAAGGUCCAAAGGUUGAUAUUGAAGGCCCAGACCUAGAAGGUCCUGAGGGUGGUUUUAAGAUGCCAAAGAUGAAAAUGCCCUCUUUUGGCCUAAAGGGUCCAAAAGUUGAGGUUCCUGAUAUUGAUGUGAAACUCCCUAAAGCUGAUGUUGAUGUGAAGGCACCAGAUGUGAAUAUCAAAGGUCCAGAGCUUGACAUUGAAGGACCUGAAGGAAAAAUCAAGGGCCCCAAGUUCAAGAUGCCUUCCUUCUCUGGUCCAAAGAUCUCCAUGCCAGAUGUGGACUUCAAUUUGAAAGGCCCGAAACUGAAAGGUGAUGUUGAUGUGUCAGUUCCAAAAAUUGAAGGAGAUAUUAAAGCUCCAAAGGUUGAAAUUGAAGGCCCAGACCUUGAGGGUCCUGAGGGUGGUUUUAAGAUGCCAAAGAUGAAAAUGCCCUCAUUUGGCUUCAAGGGUCCAAAAGUUGAGGGUCCUGAUGUUGACGUGAAAAUGCCUAAAGCUGAUGUUGAUGUGAAGGCACCAGAUGUAGAUAUCAAAGGUCCAGAGCUUGACAUUGAAGGACCUGAAGGAAAAAUCAAGGGCCCCAAAUUCAAGAUGCCUUCAAUCUCUGGUCCAAAGAUUUCUAUGCCAGAUGUGGAUUUCAACCUGAAAGGUCCUAAACUGAAAGGUGAUGUUGAUGUGUCAGUUCCAAAAAUUGAAGGGGAUUUUAAAGGUCCAAAGGUUGAUAUUGAAGGCCCAGACCUAGAAGGUCCUGAGGGUGGUUUUAAGAUGCCAAAGAUGAAAAUGCCCUCUUUUGGCCUAAAGGGUCCAAAAGUUGAGGUUCCUGAUAUUGAUGUGAAACUCCCUAAAGCUGAUGUUGAUGUGAAGGCACCAGAUGUGAAUAUCAAAGGUCCAGAGCUUGACAUUGAAGGACCUGAAGGAAAAAUCAAGGGCCCCAAGUUCAAGAUGCCUUCCUUCUCUGGUCCAAAGAUCUCCAUGCCAGAUGUGGACUUCAAUUUGAAAGGCCCGAAACUGAAAGGUGAUGUUGAUGUGUCAGUUCCAAAAAUUGAAGGAGAUAUUAAAGCUCCAAAGGUUGAAAUUGAAGGCCCAGACCUUGAGGGUCCUGAGGGUGGUUUUAAGAUGCCAAAGAUGAAAAUGCCCUCAUUUGGCUUCAAGGGUCCAAAAGUUGAGGGUCCUGAUGUUGACGUGAAAAUGCCUAAAGCUGAUGUUGAUGUGAAGGCACCAGAUGUAGAUAUCAAAGGUCCAGAGCUUGACUUUGAAGGACCUGAAGGAAAAAUUAAGGGCCCCAAAUUCAAGAUGCCUUCAAUCUCUGGUCCAAAGAUUUCUAUGCCAGAUGUGGAUUUCAACCUGAAAGGUCCUAAACUGAAAGCUGAUGUUGAUGUGAAGGCACCAGAUGUAGAUAUCAAAGGUCCAGAGCUUGACAUUGAAGGACCUGAAGGCAAAAUCAAGGGCCCCAAAUUCAAGAUGCCUUCCUUCUCUGGUCCAAAGAUCUCCAUGCCAGAUGUGGACUUCAAUUUGAAAGGCCCGAAACUGAAAGGUGAUGUUGAUGUGUCAGUUCCAAAAAUUGAAGGAGAUAUUAAAGCUCCAAAGGUUGAAAUUGAAGGCCCAGACCUUGAGGGUCCUGAGGGUGGUUUUAAGAUGCCAAAGAUGAAAAUGCCCUCAUUUGGCUUCAAGGGUCCAAAAGUUGAGGGUCCUGAUAUUGACGUGAAACUCCCUAAAGCUGAUGUUGAUGUGAAGGCACCAGAUGUAGAUAUCAAAGGUCCAGAGCUUGACAUUGAAGGACCUGAAGGCAAAAUCAAGGGCCCCAAAUUCAAGAUGCCUUCAAUCUCUGGUCCAAAGAUUUCUAUGCCAGAUGUGGAUUUCAACCUGAAAGGUCCUAAACUGAAAGGUGAUGUUGAUGUUUCAGUUCCAAAAAUUGAAGGGGAUUUUAAAGGUCCAAAGGUUGAUAUUGAAGGCCCAGACCUAGAAGGUCCUGAGGGUGGUUUUAAGAUGCCAAAGAUGAAAAUGCCCUCUUUUGGCCUAAAGGGUCCAAAAGUUGAGGUUCCUGAUAUUGAUGUGAAACUCCCUAAAGCUGAUGUUGAUGUGAAGGCACCAGAUGUGAAUAUCAAAGGUCCAGAGCUUGACAUUGAAGGACCUGAAGGCAAAAUCAAGGGCCCCAAAUUCAAGAUGCCUUCAAUCUCUGGUCCAAAGAUUUCUAUGCCAGAUGUGGAUUUCAACCUGAAAGGUCCUAAACUGAAAGGUGAUGUUGAUGUGUCAGUUCCAAAAAUUGAAGGGGAUUUUAAAGCUCCAAAGGUUGAUAUUGAAGGCCCAGACCUAGAAGGUCCUGAGGGUGGUUUUAAGAUGCCAAAGAUGAAAAUGCCCUCUUUUGGCCUAAAGGGUCCAAAAGUUGAGGUUCCUGAUAUUGACGUGAAACUCCCUAAAGCUGAUGUUGAUGUGAAGGCACCAGAUGUGAAUAUCAAAGGUCCAGAGCUUGACAUUGAAGGACCUGAAGGAAAAAUCAAGGGCCCCAAAUUCAAGAUGCCUUCCUUCUCUGGUCCAAAGAUCUCCAUGCCAGAUGUGGACUUCAAUUUGAAAGGCCCGAAACUGAAAGGUGAUGUUGAUGUGUCAGUUCCAAAAAUUGAAGGGGAUAUUAAAGCUCCAAAGGUUGAAAUUGAAGGCCCAGACUUUGAGGGUCCUGAGGGUGGUUUUAAGAUGCCAAAGAUGAAAAUGCCCUCAUUUGGCUUCAAGGGUCCAAAAGUUGAGGGUCCUGAUAUUGACGUGAAACUCCCUAAAGCUGAUGUUGAUGUGAAGGCACCAGAUGUAGAUAUCAAAGGUCCAGAGCUUGACAUUGAAGGACCUGAAGGAAAAAUCAAGGGCCCCAAAUUCAAGAUGCCUUCAAUCUCUGGUCCAAAGAUUUCUAUGCCAGAUGUGGAUUUCAACCUGAAAGGUCCUAAACUGAAAGGUGAUGUUGAUGUGUCAGUUCCAAAAAUUGAAGGGGAUUUUAAAGCUCCAAAGGUUGAUAUUGAAAGCCCAGACCUAGAAGGUCCUGAGGGUGGUUUUAAGAUGCCAAAGAUGAAAAUGCCCUCUUUUGGCCUAAAGGGUCCAAAAGUUGAGGUUCCUGAUAUUGACGUGAAACUCCCUAAAGCUGAUGUUGAUGUGAAGGCACCAGAUGUGAAUAUCAAAGGUCCAGAGCUUGACAUUGAAGGACCUGAAGGAAAAAUCAAGGGCCCCAAAUUCAAGAUGCCUUCAAUCUCUGGUCCAAAGAUUUCUAUGCCAGAUGUGGAUUUCAACCUGAAAGGUCCUAAACUGAAAGGUGAUGUUGAUGUGUCAGUUCCAAAAAUUGAAGGGGAUUUUAAAGCUCCAAAGGUUGAUAUUGAAGGCCCAGACCUAGAAGGUCCUGAGGGUGGUUUUAAGAUGCCAAAGAUGAAAAUGCCUUCAUUUGGCCUAAAGGGUCCAAAAGUUGAGGUUCCUGAUAUUGACGUGAAACUCCCUAAAGCUGAUGUUGAUGUGAAGGCACCAGAUGUAGAUAUCAAAGGUCCAGAGCUUGACAUUGAAGGACCUGAAGGCAAAAUCAAGGGCCCCAAAUUCAAGAUGCCUUCAAUCUCUGGUCCAAAGAUUUCUAUGCCAGAUGUGGAUUUCAACCUGAAAGGUCCUAAACUGAAAGGUGAUGUUGAUGUGUCGGUUCCAAAAAUUAAAGGAGAUAUUAAAGCUCCAAAAGUUGAAAUUGAAGGUCCAGACCUUGAGGGUCCUGAGGGUGGUUUUAAGAUGCCAAAGAUGAAAAUGCCCUCAUUUGGCUUCAAGGGUCCAAAAGUUGAGGGUCCUGAUGAUGAUUUAAGUCUCCCCAAAGCUGAAAUGAAAAUUAGUGCACCGGAUGUAGAUGUCAAAGCUCCAGACCUUGACGUCGAGGGAUGUGAAGGAAAAAUCAAGGGCCCCAAAUUCAAGAUGCCAUCAAUUUCUGGUCCAAAGAUUUCAAUGCCAGAUGUAGACUUUAACCUAAAAGGGCCAAAAUUAAAAGGUGAUAUUGAUUUGUCUGUUCCAAAUGCUGAAGGAGAUAUUAAAGCACCAAAGGUUGAAAUUGAAGGUCCAGACCUUGAGGGUCCUGAGGGUGGUUUUAAGAUGCCAAAGAUGAAAAUGCCUUCAUUUGGCUUCAAAGGUCCAAAAGUUGAGGGUCCUGAUGUUGACAUAAAAAUCCCUGAAACUGGUUUCCAGGUAAAAGCACCAGAUGUGGAUAUUAAGGGCCCAGAGCUUGACAUUGAUGGUCCUGAGGGAAAAAUCAAGGGCCCCAAAUUAAAGAUGCCAUCAGUCUCUGGUCCAAAGAUUUCAAUGCCAGAUGUGGACUUCAACCUGAAAGGGCCGAACUUGAAAAGUGACGUGGAUGUAUCGGCUCCCAAAGUUGAAGGAGAUAUUAAAGCACCAAAGGUUGAAAUUGAAGGCCUGGACCUUGAGGAUCUUGAGGGUGGUUUUAAGAUGCCAAAGAUCAAAAUGCCCUCAUUUGGCUUCAAGGGUCCAAAAGUUGAGGGUCCUGAUAUUGAUGCGAAACUCCCCAAAGCUGAAAUGAAAAUUAGUGCACCGGAUGUAGAUGUCAAAGCUCCAGACCUUGACAUUGAGGGACGUGAAGGAAAAAUUAAGGGCCCCAAAUUCAAGAUUCCUUCAAUCUCUGGUCCAAAAGUUUCUAUGCCAGAUGUGGACAUCAACCUUAAAGGACCUAAACUCAAAGGAGACGUUCAUCCAGAUUUUGAAGGUGUUGAUAUUGAAGCUUACAAGAUAAACGUUGAUGGACCAAAUGCCGAAUUAGAUGUUCCGGAAGCAAGUGUGAAAAAAUCUAAGUUCAAAAUGCCCAAGUUUGGAUUUAAAGGGCCAAAGAUGGAAGCCCCUGAUUUUGAUGUCAAACUUCCCAAAGGAAGCUUAAAAGGCAAUGUUCAAAGCUCAGAUGUUGAUGUUUCAGCACCUAAUAUCAAAGCAAAAGGAUCCAAGUUUAAAAUGGCAUCAGUUGCCGGUCCAAAGGUUCCCUUACCUGAUGUGGACCUCAACUUAAAGGGAACAAAAAUGAAAAGUCAAGCUGGAGUCAAUAUGGAGGGCGAUAUCAAUGUACCAAAAUUAGAAGUUGAAGGGAAAAGUCCAGAGGGAGGGUUUAAGAUGCCAAAAUUUAAAAUGCCAAAAUUUGGAUUUAAGUCACCCAAAGGAAAUAUGCCUAGCAUUGAUUUAAGUGUACCUGGUAGUGAUGUCAGUAUAAAAUCACCAGACAUAGAUGUCAGCUCUCCCGAUCUUGACAUUGAGGGCCCUGAGGAUAAAAUCAAGGGUCCCAAGUACAAAAUGCCUUCCCUAUCUGGUCCAAAGAUCUCUAUGCCAGAUGUAGACUUUAACCUAAAAAGCCCCAAAUUCAAAUGUGAUAUGGAUGUUUCUGGACUGAAGUUUGAAGGGGACAUAGAGACUCCAAAAGUUGGCAUUGAAGGUCCUGAUGUUAAUCUCGACGGCCCAGAAGGUGGUUUGAAGAUGCCUAAAAUCAAAAUGCCAUCAUUAGGACUGAAGGGUCCUAAAUUGGAGGGCCCAGACAUUGACGUAAACCUGCCGAAAGCUGAUGUUGACAUCAAAGGACCUGAAUUUGAUAUCAAAACACCUGAUCUUGACAUUGAGGGACCAGAAGGAAAAAUCAAAGGUCCCAAGUUUAAAAUGCCUUCCAUAUCUGGUCCAAAGAUCUCUAUGCCAGAUGUAAACCUAAAUCUUAAAGGCUCCAAAGUCAAGGGUGACAUGGAUGUUUCUGUGCCAAAGAUAGAAGGGGACAUUAAGGCUCCAAAGGUAGACAUUGAAGGUCCUGAUAUUAAUAUGGAGGGUCCUGAAGGUGGCUUCAAGAUGCCUAAAAUCAAAAUGCCAUCUUUUGGACUCAAAGGUCCUAAAGUGGAGGGCCCAGACUUUGACGUAAACCUGCCGAAAGCUGAUGUUGACAUCAAAGGACCUGAAUUUGAUAUCAAAACACCUGAUCUUGACAUUGAGGGACCAGAAGGAAAAAUCAAAGGUCCCAAGUUUAAAAUGCCUUCCAUAUCUGGUCCAAAGAUCUCUAUGCCAGAUGUAGACUUUAACCUAAAAAGCCCUAAAAUUAAGAGUGAUAUGGAUGUUUCUGGUCCGAAUAUUGCAGGAGACAUUAAGGCUCCAAAAGUCGACAUUGAAGGUCCUGAAUUUAACAUUGAGGGCCCAGAAGCUGGCUUGAAAAUGCCCAAAAUCAAAAUGCCAUCUUUUGGACUCAAGGGUCCCAAAGUGGAGGCCCAAGAUGUUAACGUAAACCUGCCAAAAGCUGAAGUUGACAUCAAAGGACCUGAAUUUGACAUCAAAACGCCUGAUCUUGACACUGAGGGACCAGAAGGAAAAAUUAAGGGUCCCAAGUUUAAAAUGCCUUCCAUAUCUGGUCCAAAGAUCUCUAUGCCAGAUGUAGACUUUAACCUGAAAAGCCCUAAAAUUAAGAGUGAUUUGGAUGUUUCUGGUCCGAAUAUUGCAGGAGACAUUAAGGCUCCAAAAGUAGACAUUGAAGGUCCUGAAUUUAACAUUGAGGGUCCUGAAGGCAGUUUGAAGAUUCCUAAAAUGAAAAUGCCAUCAUUUGGAGUCAAGGGGCAUAAGUUGGAGGGCCCAGACAUUGAUGCUAACCUGCCGAAAACUGAUGUUGCAAUUAAAGGACCUGAAUUUGACAUCAGAAAGCCUGGUCUUGAUAUUGAGGGACCAGAAGGAAAAAUCAAGGGUCCCAAGUUCAAAAUGCCUUCCAUAUCUGGUCCAAAGAUUUCUAUGCCAGAUGUAAACCUAAAUCUUAAAGGCUCCAAAGUCAAGGGUGAUAUGGAUGUUUCUGUACCAAAGAUAGAAGGGGACAUUAAAGCUCCAACAGUAGACAUUGAGGGUCCUGAUGUUAAUAUAGAGGGUCCUGAAGGUGGCUUCAAGAUGCCUAAAAUGAAAAUGCCAUCAUUUGGAGUCAAGGGGCAUAAGUUGGAAGGCCCAGACAUUGACGUAAACCUACCGAAAACUGAUGUUGACAUCAAAGGACCUGAAUUUGAUAUCAAAACACCUGAUCUUGACAUUGAGGGACCAGAGGGAAAAAUUAAGGGUCCCAAGUUCAAAAUGCCUUCCAUAUCUGGUCCAAAGAUCUCUAUGCCAGAUGUAGACUUUAACCUAAAAAGCCCUAAAAUUAAGGGUGAUAUGGAUGUUUCUGGUCCGAAGAUUGCAGGAGACAUUAAGGCUCCAAAAGUAGACAUUGAAGGUCCUGAUUUUAACAUUGAGGGCCCAGAAGCUGGCUUGAAAAUGCCUAAAAUCACAAUACCAUCAUUUGGACUCAAGGGUCCCAAGGUGGAGGGCCCAGAAGUUGAUGUAAACGUACCUAAAGCUGAUGUUGACAUCAAAGGAACUAAAAUUGACAUCAAGACUUCUGAUCUUGACAUUGAGAGACCAGAGGGCGGUUUAAAACCUGUUAAGUUCCCAAAAUUCAAAGGUCCCAGCUUUGGAAUAAAGCCUUCAGGUGGCAGUCUUUCAAUACCUGAAAAAGAUAUGGAGGGAACCUUUAAUGUCAAAAGCCCUGAUGUCAGUACAAGUGGACUAGAAACAAAUGUCAAAGUGCAAAAAACGAAAAAAUCUAAAUUUACUUUUGGAGGAAAGAGCCCAAAAAUAGAUAUUCCUGAUGCUAGUGGUAGCUUAGAUGGACCUGAUGUGAGCAUAGACGUAAAAGGAAAGAAGGGUAAAUUCAAAUUGGCUGAAGUAAAGGGGAAGUCGAAAACUUUUGAUGUUGGUAUGAAAACCGAAAAUGUUAAGUUGGAGACAAAUGAACCUGACUUGCAAUUGAAGUCAACCAAAGUAAAGAAACAUCGUUUUGGAAAGCUAUAUUUCCCUGAUGUGGAAUUGGACAUCAAAUCUCCAAAAGUUAAAGGUAGUUCUUCAGUGUCUGGAACUAUUAAAUCAUCAAAUGUUGAUUUGCCAUCUGCAAGCCUUAAAACUGAUACACAAAGAGUUGACAUUCAGACCCCAGUUACUAGUUUGGAGAGUCCCGAUAUCAGAGCAAAAGGGGGGAAAAUCAAAAUGCCAAAAUUCAGCAUCUCAGGAUCUAAAUCAAAAACUCCUGAUCUGGAAGUUAGCAGCGCAUUGUUAGAUACACCAGAAAAGAGUGUCAACUUGAAUGCCCCAGAUAUCAGUGUGGGGGGAUCCGGCAUUAAUGGAAAGGGUAGUACUAAAAUUGAUGUUGAAGGAAGAACACAGGAUGUUGAGUUGACAAUGCCAUCUGUCCAUGGAGGUGCCUUAGAUGCUGAUUUAAAUCUCAUUAAAGAAAAGGCUGUAAAAGGGAGCAUUGCAAUGUCACACUUAAAUGUAGUAGGACAACAGGGAGAGAUUACAGGUGGGUUAGGAAUAAGAUCAGAUGAAUCAGUGUCUGGUGUGAUGGAGUAUCAAGAAGGUAAUGUAACGUUUCCUAAAAUCAAAGUACCAAAGUUUGGUGUUGCAUUGCCUAAAGUGGAAGGAAGAGAGAUGAGAGUAGAUGUAGGUUCAGGAGAAUUGGCUGCUAGUGGUAAAGCUAGUUCUAAGAGUCUGGAAAUGCACAAUAUAGAUGUGAAAAACAGUGCUGGAAAAGUGAAAGUCAAGAUGCCAAAGCUGUUUGUCAAAUCUAAAUCGAAAGGUGGAAGUGAAGCUGAUCUUGCUGUUCAAGGAGAAGACACUGAUGUUACCACUAAAGGUUGUGCAAAGGUGUCUAAAGAAUUGAGUCUUAGUUAUGGGGAAUUGACAAGUGGCAAGAUGGAACUACAGGGAAGCUCUGGAUUAAAAGUUUCACCAAAAAGUAAAUCUGCCUCCCUUGAUUUCUUCAAAAAAUCACGUCAUCGCUCAUCCUCAAUGAGUGAUGAAGGAGGUUUAGCUUCUCCUGUUUCUACUGAAGGGUACUUACAAGCAGAGGGUGGUAACAUUUCAGCAGAUGUUGGAGAAACAAAGGUUAAAGCCAAAAAAGGAAAGAUGAAAUUUGCCACAGUUGGAGGUUUUGGUUCAAAAAGUAAGGGUUCAUAUGAAGUGACACUUGGAGAGGAAAGUGAGACUAGGAUUGCGGGCGCUGGUGGAGUUGUUCAGCCUUCAAAGAAGUCCAGAAUGUCAUCAUCCUCUAGCAGUGAUAGUGGUUCAAAAGGUAGUUUUCGAUUACCGCAGCUCGAAAUUGCAGUUUCACCUAAGAAAUAAUUAUUUGUCACACCAGUAUCUAUGCACAGUUCAUUCAAUUAAAUUUAAACUUAUUUUUUAAUUUAGACAGCCAUGUGUAAAUCUGUCCUGCAUUUAAACAGUAGUGCACAGUCAUACGGACUUCUGUGUUUAAUUUCCCCAAGUGUUCUUUACAGGCAUUGGUGUCAAUUUUUUUUUUUUUU